AAAAGUGGUAGCGAUGAAGUGCAGCUGAGUCGAGUCAUGUCCUAAUUUAGGGUGUGAUAAUUUAGGAGAGCACGUAGCUACGGGGAACGAAGUCCAGAGAGGAUGGAAGACCACCUGAUUGAAAAUGAGAACUCCUUUUAUCUGAAGGCGGAACAGUACUGGAAGGACAUCCCGCCCACUGUGGACGGAAUGCUGGGAGGUUAUGGAAGCAUUUCCAGCAUCGAUAUCAGUGGUUCCAAAAAGUUCCUGCAGAAAUUCCUUGGGGAGGGCAAAGGUAAGACGAGACCAGGCUGUGCCCUGGACUGUGGUGCAGGAAUCGGACGCAUCACUAAGCGUCUUCUCUUACCACUCUUCCGUACCGUGGACUUGGUAGACGUGACGCAGGAGUUCCUGGACAAAGCUCGCUCUUACUUGGGCGAGGAAGGUAAGAGAGUGGAGAACUACUUCUGCUGCGGCCUGCAGGAUUUCCAGCCUCAAGCGGAUCGUUACGACGUCAUCUGGAUCCAGUGGGUCAUCGGUCACCUGACUGACGAUCACCUGGUGGAGUUCUUCAGGCGAUGCCGCAGCGCCCUGCGCCCUGAUGGCCUGAUUGUGGUGAAGGAUAACGUGGCAUACGAGGGCGUUGUGCCUGACGAGGUGGACAGCAGCGUGUGCAGAGACCUGCCCUUAUUGCGCAGCAUAGUGGCCAGAGCUGGACUCCGUAUCAUCUGUGAGGAACAGCAGCAGAAUUUCCCUGAGGAGAUCUACCAGGUCCACAUACUAGCUCUUAGAUAGGAGAUACAUACAUACAUACAUACAUACAUACAUACAUACGGCAACUGUUUAUGAGCAAGAAACUAUAAAUCAUGUUUUCAUACACAGUUGUUUCUUCCUGUCAUUUUUAAUGAUGCAUCACACUGGAACACUGCAAAAUGGUCAGCAUGUGCCUGUAUUAAGGGUCUGUGGUUUUAACGAAGGCAGUUUUCAAGGUCUGAUUUGCACCCAGACCCCUGGACUACCACGAUCAGGGAGCACAGAUUUCUUAUAAUAUUUGGCCAUUUUACACAAAGUCCUCAUCUGUACUCAUUCACAGGAAUUUUAUUUUUUUUUUUUUUUACAGAAUAUAUGAAAAUUUUGGUCCAAACUGUUUGUCACUUUUGUGUGCAAGUUAAGACAUUCAUGUGUGCACAUUUAUUGUAUUUAUGAGUGACUGUGGACUGAAAUCCAUAAAUAGCUUUGUAGAAAAUGUUUUUGCACUUUGUCUUUUAUGCUUCUGCACCCCAAUAAUAGUUUGGGUUUUUAAAGGGGGGGGGAGAAUUCUUGCUGACUGGAGUUUGUGUAUUCUCCAUGCCAUUAAUACUCAUCAGAGAUAAUUUGAUUGGUGUUCAGGUUUGUUUCUCUGCUGAAACCUGCUGCAUGAUGGUAUGUACGGUAUACUCAAUGUGGAGAUCAAAUGAGGUUAUAGCAUUCUGAUCAUUCUGAAGCUUGUGGCCAGAACAGUGUAAUAAAGAUCUGCAAAUGUUGCAUGGCCUUGGCUCGUGGGCUACCUAUA